AUGAGAAUAAAUCGUUCAUCGAAUUCACUUGAUAAUGAUGACGCUCGAGUUUUAUUAAAACAGAUCGAUGAAUGGCAUGUAAGAACAAUCGAUGCUUGUUGUGAAACAGCUGAUGAAACUCAAAGAAUUGUUGUACGAUUGUUUAGUAAGUCAACAAUCAUCGAUUAUGUUGCGAAUUUUUUUGCAAAUAAACGUACAUUCCAUAAUCGUAUUUGGAGAAUAACAAUAAGCCCAUCUUAUGCUUUGGUAACUACGAAUAUGGAUAGUUAUGUACAAGCAAUGAUAGCUAAUUAUUAUCAAUUUCCUAUCGAUGAUCGAUAA